CACCCGGCUUGCAGGGCGUGUGAGGACUGCCUAUGGUCCGCUCCUAGGCCACCAACUGGAGGGGAAUCGGUCUGAAUUAGGGGACGGAACCGAGCCCUAGCCAUGACAUCAGCAGGCUUUACCUCAACCCUUGUGAGGGAGAGGCGGGAGCUCAGACGGUAACGUCAGCUGCCACAGUGUUUGCAGGUAACCAUCCCAUGGCUUGAAUUGGGAAUGAAAUCUUCUAAAAUAUCAGAACAGAAAGCUUUUUGUUCAACAUGGAGGACAAAAGACGGCGAGCCCGCGUACAGGGAGCCUGGGCUGCUCCUGCCAAGAGCCAGCCUACUGCCCAGCCAGGUACUGCUGCUAGGAACCAUCUUUCCCAGACACCAGGGCAGGCCUGGAGGAGCAAGGAGCAGCAACUGCCUGACAGAGAGUUUGUGUUCAAAGAGCCUCAGCUGGUUGUGCGGACAGCCCCAGAACCCAGAGUGAUUGACAGGGAGGGUGUGUAUGAAAUCAGCCUGUCACCCACAGGUGUGUCUAGGGUGUGUCUAUAUCCUGGCUUUGUGGACUUGAAGGAAGCUGACUGGAUAUUGGAGCGCCUUUGUCAGGAUGUCCCCUGGAAACAGAGGAUGGGCAUCAGAGAGGAUAUAACUUAUCCGCAACCAAGACUUACAGCAUGGUAUGGAGAGCUUCCUUACACUUACUCAAGAAUCACUAUGGAACCCAAUCCUCACUGGCAUCCCAUACUGUGCACUCUGAAGAGCCGCAUUGAGAAGAACACUGGCCACACCUUCAACUCCUUGCUGUGCAAUCUUUACCGGGAUGAGAAGGACAGUGUGGACUGGCACAGUGAUGAUGAACCCUCACUGGGGAGCUUCCCCAUCAUUGCGUCACUUAGUUUUGGUGCCACUCGAACUUUUGAGAUGAGGAAGAAGCCCCCACCUGAAGAGAAUGGAGACUAUACAUACGUGGAAAGAGUGAAGAUACCACUGGAUCAUGGGACCUUGCUAAUCAUGGAAGGAGCUACACAAGCGGACUGGCAGCACCGAGUGCCCAAGGAAUACCACUCCAGAGAACCAAGAGUAAACCUAACCUUUCGGACCAUUUAUCCAGACCCCAGAGGAGCAUCCUGGUGAUGGGACGUGUCUGCAAAGUUUAUCACUGAGGUGGGGGCUGUGCACCUAGCAGCCCCUCUCCCACACUCCUGGAAGCACUUUUAGAGGCUGCUCCAUGCACUCUCCUGAUGUGGCUGUUUGGAAAUUGUGGAGUCUGCCUCCCAGGUCCUUGUCCUUCUGAAUGAGAGCCACCAGCGCUUCGUGUUGCAAACAUGUUUACUAAGGGCACAGUUACUUUGAGACAGAUCUCUAAAUCAAGGGUUAUCAUUAGGCAAACUAAACACUGCUGUGACUGCUCACAGAUGAUUUGGUCCAUCAGCUCUUUUCCUCCUGCCCUCCCCCCCCCUGUAAUUUGAAGAAAUACAAAUGGCUUUGUGCCUCUGGGGAAGAUCUGAACAUGUUUGUUCCUUAUGACGUUAGCAAAAUGGAGAUAUAAAUACAUGUCAGUGACUCUGGAGCCUUCCACAGGCAGACAGCUGCUGAAACCCAAACAGAGGUGGCUUCUCUGGGCUUUGUUGAAGUCUUCCUUGACUCCUUAACAUCUUGGCUUAUGUGUUAUUGUAAUGGAAAGCUAUGUGUUCAGGGACACUGUUUAUUCAGCUGAAUCUCCCAGCUGUCAGUCUUCCUGGGGCACACUUGGGUUACAGGCCUCUGAAUAAAGAGAAGGCAGCAUGCUCCUGCCUAAACCCCAGGCAGUCCUACCUGGAAAGACAAUGCAGUCUCCUGGAAACAGGGAAUAACUGGAUGUCAGGGAACCAGGCUGAUUUUGGUUGAAGAACAGCAAAUGUCCUCUGAGUAACAGCUGUUCCAAUAGAUUAGCUUCCCCUAGAGAAUUCCUUGAGUCAUUUAAACCCAAGCCAGAUAGAAUCUGAGCAGCCCUGCAGGGAAUAGCCUGGAUGACCUCAUGGUUCUUCUACCUUAGAUUUCAGAAGCCUGUGACUAAGGCUCUUCUGACUCAGCGUUCCCUUUUACUGACUGACCAAGUUCAGGGGUUAGCCUGUGAUGUCACCAAGGUUUCCAAAACAGAAUAGGGUAGCUGCCCCAUGUUGCAUCAUAAAAACACAUGACUCCUUGACCUAGGCUUCGGAGCUACGUACUCAAGCCCCGAGGAAGAGUGUCGGUGGAUGAAAGUAGGACACAGGGUUAGAGUUUCUCUCAUCCUGGGAGGAAAAUUUACUGUCUUGGUUUUUAUUCUGUUUCCACCUCAUGGAUGAUCCCGUGACAUGGAAAGGGGCCAGAGGCCUGCAGGCUUACUCAGGGCUCAGAUGGAACUGGCCUGGCCAGACUGUGCUCCCCAUAAGCUCCCUAGUUCCUGUAUCAGAGUCUGGUUCUUUAAAAUGUGUAUAGAUCCUUUUGUAAGAAAUUCUAAAGGCUGUGUUAGAAUUUGAGCAUUGUACUAAGCCUUCCUAGGUGGCAGUAUGAAUCACCAUGAGCCUAAGCCCUCUAUUUCCUAGCCAUUCUCCAGUGAAAGCUAAGAGAGCCUGGUACACUCGGCUUAGAUUAGGAAUUUGAUCACUGAGGCUGGAAAUUCCCCCUCCCUUCAUUAUAAAAAGACUGACUGUUGGCUCCAGGUCUUCCAGCCACCCGGCAGCUCCACACUCUGUACUCAACACCAUCCUGCCCAACCACACAGGCUGGGUCUCCACCUGAGUUUCAUAGGCAAAGAGUCACAGCUGCUUUUUCUUGUCCUUACUGUAGACUCCCAUGUGCAACCAGUGCCAGCUGUUUCCCCAACUAGGCCCCUGUGCCUUCUGAAGUGUCAAGCUGGUUCUUGGUAUAGACCAAAACUAGAGAGUUUUGGUAUAGAUAGGAAUGAUGAUGUUCAGUCAUCACACCAGCCUUUUGCAGACCCUGCCCUGACAGAACUGAGGCAAAGCUGACACAAAGCACACAAAACACAGAGCCAGUGAAUAUGUAGCUGAGCAUGAGAAACAGGUUUUGUUUUAGUUGCCCUCUGUGAGCUUUGGUUGCCUGCAGACCCUGUCCUAUGAAUUUCUAUUGUCACUCAUCUUCCCCAUAAUAAUUUUGCUGUGGAGACAGGAAGCUGAGUCUGAGUCCCUAAGAAGUAUUUUAGUGGGACUUUAGUGGCAGAGACUAAUUUCAAAGGCUAUUUCCAAAGCUAGUGUCCUGUCCCCUUUCUCAUCCAUGCUGAACUGACGUGGAAUCCUCUGAGGCCCUUGCUCCAGCAGAGCUGGCCAUACCCAGCUGAAGGCCGCCUGUGUGUCCCCUUAUUUCUUGUGCAUCAGGGCAGAUGCCUGCAUCCCAUUUCUCCUCAGCCAACAUGAACAUCUUGUCAGAAGCUGUGGCCCACUGAGCUUGCAGUGUCAUUAAACUGGGGAAACUCAUUUUGGCUGGGGCUGGGUGCAGUGAAUUUAGAGACAGUCCCUAGCAAGUAGUUCCUAACCAUAGCCAAGCAGAUAUGCCUCAGAACUUUCACAGAUGGGAGAAUUUUUCCCUACUGUUUCUUCUGUCAUCUCUUAAAUACAGAAGGAGGGAAUCCUGAUGAUGUCCAAACUAAGUGUUAGGCAUCAUAACAGCAUCACUUCUCCAGAGAGCAGGUGCGCUGGGCUUUACCCCAGAAAUGGAACUCGCCUCCAGGCACAUGAGAGAACAAUGUGACACUCAGUGCGGAAAUGGGCUUCUGCUGUGGUCCAGAUCCACUAGCCCAGCUGAUGACCUCAAACACAUUUGGGUCACAGUUCAUACAUGAAUGUCCUCUAGACUCCUUUCUCUACCUCCACUGCCUUGACUCUGCUCUGGUGCAUGGCAGGUCUGUCUGGAUCCCAUCAGUAAAGAGCCCAGGCUGCUGAACCAUGUCUAGCACCCCUGAAAGAGUUAAGUACGCCUGCAGUGAGCAGAAUGCUCCCCUCUGAGGGUUCCAGGGGAAAGCCUGACAGAUGAUGGGUUCCUGCUCUGUUGGGAAUAUUUCUUCCUUGAGUUCUGGCAGCUUUUUCUUGGCUGCAGAGUAUCUAAGACCCACUUUGCCUUUUCUGGUCAUAAACACUUGGAGUGUUGAA